UGUUCACCAUGCCCAUGAAUCUAGCAAUCAAACAAAAAGAACUAGGAUCAUUCUUGAAAUUAAGAUGCAUGAUAUCCAUCCUUGAAGAAGAAAAUGAAGUGCAUAGCGAAGAAUUCACUGUUAAUGAAUUAGCUACGGUGCGUUUCAAAUUUUACACCAAGGAUAGUCAAAGUGCACUUUUGGCCUUCGUUACUGCACAAAAGCAUGUAAAAGCUAAAGAUGAUAAAGUUAAAUUGAAAUUUUCUUGUCAUGAAUUUGAUAAGCCAUUGUAUUCUGAGUGGUUCUGCAGAGAGAGAAAGGAUACCAGAAAAAUUGGUGAAAUCUUACAUUGUGAUAUUAGCUUAAAAGAUGUGCGCACAUUUCUUUUGAAUAUAACUAUUACUGCUCACAAAGUUCAGGACUGUUUGCUUGUUAAGCUUUAUAAUGACGUGGAGUUCACCGACUUUAAUUUGGGAUCUGAAAAUGGUAGUGUUGCUGUACAUAGAGCGCACAUGGCAGCCCACAGCAAUGUGUUCAAGGCAAUGCUCAGCCGAGAAUGGAAGGAGACGACCGAGGGGAAGGUUCAGAUCAAAGGAGUAACACUGCAGACUCUUCAGCACUUGAAACAGUAUAUGUACUUGGGCACUCUGCCCGAAGAAGGUCUUCAGCCAUUAUUAUUGAUCGCUUCAUACUAUUUAAUUGAAGAUUUAAAGGCAGAAUGCAUAUCAACGCUUGCCCAGACAGCGAAACAUGGAGACUGGUACAGUCUCUUUGAAUUUGCAACGGAGAAUAAUAUACCUGAAUUAUUAUGUGCUAUCACAUUAGUCAACCCCGACAGUGUUCUUGAAGGUAACACACAAAUGGUUAAGAAGUAGGUUUUAGAACUAAAACUUAAUAAUUUAA